AGAGAUGGGUGGAGAGGAUGUGCGGCGGAGCGGCCAUGUGGAUUGGCUCAAGGGGAUAGCAGGGCAGUACGGCAUGGCGCUGCCAUCGCCUGCAGGGGCCAGGGGAGGAGCAGCCGUGGCAGCAGAGGCGGAGUCAGCAGCAGCGGCAUCAGCGGUGGUGGCGGGGAGGGUGCUGGCGGCAUUGAGGGGAGCGGAGCAUCUCGCGGGGGCGGCACAGGAGCGCGCCACGGCGCCGGGCUCUCUGCCCCCUGCAGCUGCAGCCGCUAAGACAAGGUUGCAAGCGCCGGAGCAGCAACUGUCACGACUGGAACAAAAGCUGCGCGACGCAGAGGCGAGUCGCGACCGCUACGAGGCGGCGGUGCAGUGGACGGAGGGCCGCCUGGCAGCGCUGGCCAGCCUCGCCCUCACCGUGGGCAGUGCGCCCUCGCCCGCCCUCGCCGCCUCCCGCUCCCACCUGCUCUCCUCUCUCGCCUUCGCCCAGAAGCGAGCGCAUGAGGAGGAGCAGCGAGUCAACCAACUCCGCCAGCAGCUCGCCACCACCUGCAAUCUGCCGCAUUCCGCCUCCUCCCCCUCUUCCUCGUCCCCAUCCUCCUCACCGCCCUCCACCGCACUGCCUCCAUUCCAAUCGGCCAUAACGCCACCUGCGCCCCCAGCCUUCCUCCUUGCACCGUCAACAGCACCCCUGUCAACCCCCCCCUCUACGUCAUCACCCCCCUCCGCCUCCUCGCACCCCUCCAAACCAGCUCCGCCUCGCUCGCAUUCCCUGCCAUCGCGGCCCCUCGCCCACACUUCUUGGCACCCUACCGAGGCCGCUGCCCACGCCACCAGCACCACCCUCACCAGCAGCCUCAGCCCCGCCAGCAGCCUUGCUGCGAUGAGCAUUCUCCAGCAGGCGCCAGUGCUGGUGGAGGGGGUGCGGGUGGGGGAGUGGGCGCGGGAGUACGUGGCGGAGUCGGUGGCACAGGAGCUCAGCAAGCGACGCACGGGCCACGGGGGCGGCAACUGAUGUGCCAGACAAAGUAGACGCCACAGCAGCCUUCAGCAGGCAUAUUUCUUUGCUCGUGCAAAGAUAUGUACAUAGUUUUUGUGCUGUAUUUCGUUCAAUAGCGAAGCCUACAAGGAGACAAACUUUGUGCAAUAUAUUGAUGGCAUUGGG